AUGAUGUUCAAGUACCGGAUCCGCAUGUUCUUCAACGAGCUGAAGCUGCUGGUGUUGAUGCGGCGGGGCCGCCCGGAGCCCGAGCCUGGAGCCGGGGGAAGCCGGGGGGCGCUUGGAGGCAGCGGCUGCGGAUGGCCCCCCUUCGCCGACUGCUCGGCCCGGCAGGACGAUGAAGCUGAAUAUUACGGCGGGGGAGGCGCCGAGACCCGGCCCCGGAGCCUGGCCCUGGAAGAGAAGGAUCCCCGACCUCAGCCCCCCGGGCACCAGCCGGGGCAGCAGCCCGGAGCGGCCGGGGCGGGAGGAGCUUUGGACUCGGUGUCGCUCAGCAGCAGCUUGGAUAGUGGCAUGAGAACCCCGCAGUGCCGGAUUUGCUUCCAGGGACCCGAGCAGGGGGAGCUGCUAAGCCCAUGUCGCUGCGACGGGUCUGUCCGCUGCACUCACCAACCCUGCCUGAUUCGCUGGAUCAGUGAGAGGGGCUCCUGGAGCUGCGAGCUGUGCUAUUUCAAAUACCAGGUCUUAGCCAUCAGCACAAAGAAUCCCUUGCAGUGGCAGGCAAUUUCCCUGACGGUGAUCGAAAAGGUGCAGAUUGCAGCCAUCAUCCUGGGCUCUCUCUUCCUCAUUGCCAGCAUCUCGUGGCUCAUCUGGUCAUCGCUUAGCCCCUCGGCCAAGUGGCAGCGGCAGGACCUGCUCUUCCAGAUCUGCUAUGGGAUGUAUGGCUUCAUGGACAUCGUCUGCAUAGGUCUGAUUAUCCACGAGGGCUCCUCGGUGUAUCGAAUAUUCAAGCGUUGGCAGGCGGUGAACCAACAGUGGAAGGUGCUGAACUAUGACAAGGCCAAGGACCUGGGGGAACCAAUUGGCGGGAGCACAAAGCCCGGAGGGCGGAAUUCACGGACGAACCCCUCCUCAGGGAGUGAGAGAACCUCCCAGCGGGGACAGCGGGUUAGGACUAUUUUGAACCAUCACUGUGGUUAUACAAUUCUGCACAUUCUCAGCCACCUGCGGCCUAACGAACAUCGUGGGGGCUCCAGUUCCAGCCGUGAGGUUGUCAUGAGGGUGACGACAGUAUAAUAAGAGCCUACGGAGCCUUUGCCAAGAGGAAGAGGCUCCAUGGUUCCCAUGGAAGGAAGAAGCUGACGCCUUCACUUC